AGUCGCAACUUCCAACAAACCCGCCAAUUCACCUCCACAUUCUCUCUUCAACCAGCGCUCGCCACACCCAACGAGUCGCCUUCCUUUCCCUCACAAUGCAUUCCAUCAUCCGCCUCGCGCGGCCUCUCCUGGCCCCGCGCAUCUCUCCCCUCUCGCAAAGGACAUUCUCAUGCCUCUCUCCUCUCCGACCAACCCUAACCUCCACCUUCCGACCCAACAACUCCUUCACCCCCUCACCCACAGCUGCUGCUACAGCGUCGUCAGCCGAAACGACAACCGCAGAUGUCGUCCCCAAAACAGCGCUCUCCAUGCAUCCCUCUCUGCAGGGCGCCAUGCAGCUCCGCUUCGGACCCCGAAAUACCAUGAAUGGACACACUAGAUUGGUGCAGAAGCGGAGACAUGGCUGGUUGAAGAGGACGAGGAGUAAGACUGGCCGAAGGAUCUUGCAGAGGAGGAAGCUAAAGGGCCGGAGACACGUUGCGUGGUGAAGAGGCUUGUACUUUCGAGGAGAGAAUUUCCAUGAUGACGGAUGACGAAAAAGAAACGAAGAUGGGAUAUGUGUGAAUAAACACGAGUACUACUACUAUGUAGGAUGGGGAACGGGGGAGUGUAUAAAAGGGAGCAUCUAGAGGUAUAGAUGUGUUAUUGUAUUGUACUACUACUUUCACGCCAAAACUCAAAAAUAACAGUAAAAUCAACGAGAUCAAAAGCC